CAGGGAGAAUGUCUUUUGUCUGUUUGGCUUCAGCUCAGGAGAGCCAAGGGCCCCAGUCACCAGUGCUCCAUUCAGUAAAACAGAGAGAAGGCAAUCUGUGGCUAACACAAGAGCUCCACCAGCAGCAAAGACUACUCAGCAGCACAUUGCAGUGCAGUCUGGUAAUGGAACAUUAGAUCCUAGGAUAAGACAUCUGAUCAUACUUCUCAAAUCAAAUGUCCAUAUGCCAAGAUGAAGAUGGAAACAUCCUGUUAAACCUGAACCAGAAAUCAGCAAGCAUUCUGGUUACUUUCAAAGAGGUAUUGCUGAAUCAAUGGCUUAGACUACAGAAAUUAGAGAUCUUCGAUAAAAUUUGAAAGCUUUUCAAGUUUGCAUAGAGUUGUCUAGAAGCAGAUCAAAGUGGGAACACUAGUUCUAGUAAGGUUCACAGACAGAAACAAACUUCCUACAGAAAUGUGCCCAGCAAAGUAACUAAUGAAGAAGUCUUCCCCGAGGAAAUUAUAGAUAUCUUUUUGCCUAUUGGUUUAGGUAGCAUAAACAUCUGGGAUCAUAUUUGCCUACAUAUUUCUUUAAUUAAUAAGUAUGUCGCUGCCACAUUUUGCCAGGAAACAGUCACCGGUCUGUGAUGUUACUGUGACGCAGCGCAGUCACCGUGGUGACGUUUGUGAAUGUCCCAGCCCACUCCUCUCUCCCCACACCACGGGAGCUAUUGCACAUCAUACUGCUGCUGCCAGGAUAAACCUCAUCAGCUAGAGAAACGUGGACAGAAAUUUCUGUCGGAGUGGAAAAUUAAUAAUUAAAAUGGAGAUAUCUUUAUCAGAAACAUCAAAUGGUUCUGUUUUGGACAUGGACUCAGCAGUCUCAGCUUCUCCUGUCCUUCAAAUACGUGGUAAAAGGGUAGCUCAGGAUGCUGCCUCAGGAUCUACAAAAGCAGAAAACGCUUCUCAAGGUUCACGUGAGGAACCCUGCACAAAAAGACUACGUCUUAAUCGGUCUGAGAAGUGCUCUGGCAAAGCCAAUGACCUGUCACCCUGCUCCUUUCUGAAAAAACUCUGGGAAAUUGUUGAAAGCAACCACUUUCAGUCCAUUUGGUGGGCCGAUGAUGGAAACUCUAUAGUGAUUGAGGAAACGUUCUUCAAAACGGAAGUGCUGGCAAGGACAAGACCUCUGCAAAUUUUUGACAUUGCCAGCAUGAAAACUUUCAUUCAUCAGCUUCAUCAUCAUGGAUUCUUCAUUGUGGAAGGAGAUUUACCGAGAUCUGCUUCACAUGCUAAAUUCCUAGCAGAUGAAGCAGAAGUUUCCAUGUUUAGCGAGUUUCUCUACUACUACAACCCCUAUUUCAAGAGGGAUUGUCCCCAUCUGCUGAGAAGAUUCAGGCGAAGUGCUGGUAUAAAAAAGAGAGUACCAAGUGCAUUCUCACUGGGCCCGCAUUUGAAGGAGGGCCACCUGAGAAGAAGCCCUCUGAUGAAACGAUCGGGCUCUGCUGCGUCAGUGUGCAGUGAGCUCCCUGGCAGCAUCCAGGAUGCUGCUCCUGCUGGAUCUGCUGCUUCUCCGUAUCACAUUGCAUCUUCUGUACCAAAUGGUCCUUUUCCACCGGGGCUGGGACCAGAUAGCAGAGCUGCAGGUGACAGGGUUGGACUUCAACACAAUUUAUACUACAGAAAGUAUAGAUGCUAAGUAUCAAGUGAAUAUAGUAGUUCCAAAAAUAAAUUUUGAAAUUCGCAAUUUUCAAAUUGCAAAUGAGCAGCUUCCAGCUGUGGGCAGCUCUUUGGUGCGAACAUGGGUUUAAUCCUGCUCCAACAUAAGAGAGGCGAGCUCAGAUACCAUGCAGAUGGGUGCUUUAGAAAUAUCCACACUAAAAUGAAUUAAUCAAGGGCAUCUGAGCUGCUCGUGUAAAAACUUCCAACAUUCAGAGGCCCAAUCACCAUACUUCCAGCUGACCUAAAAUAUACCAAAACUAGCCUGUAGCCAAACUAAUACUUGCUGUGCAUUCCUCAGAGCCACAUUGCUGAGCACAGCCAAGUGUGGCCAGAGACCAAGACAGUUCAGCAACUGCUAAUCAAAUGAGCCAAAGGCCUUUGGCCAUAUUUUAGAGGAGGAUGUAUGAAGUACAAAACCACGGGGAGCAGUAGCUUACUUGUCAGUGUGCUAGCACAUUUGCUAAAGCAGUUGUUUUACUAUUCUUAAAAAUCUCUUAAAAAUCUUAAUUCUUACUUACACAGUGAUGCUGAUAUUCAGAUACAGUUCUACCAUGUCACAUGAAAAUGUGAUUUUUCGAUUAGGUAUAGAUAACUGUGCAUUUUUCUAACUGCCCUCAUUGCAACUCUUCAUUUCCUUUGUUCUUUGCAACUUGGCCAGGCCUUGGCCAAUUGGAGUUCUUUCUCCACACCAAUACAACAUAAAUAUUUCUGAAGAUAAAACUACAAAAAACUACAGCAUUUUUUAUACAUCCUGAAAUUCUGCUGACAAAUGAGAAGUCUUUCUAGUGGAGCAAAAAAAAAUUUGCGUCUGUCACAGCUAUAGGACUGUGAAGCACCCAUAAGAAGCAUGACACUUUUUAUGGCUGCUCCAGACGCCCAAAUCAGAGCAACUAUGCAGAAAUUUGAACAACUUGAAGACUCACUAAAUGUAGAGAGCCCAUGUUGUAGAGUUAGGAGGAAAAAUGGAUUUAACAGCCCAUGCAGUGCAUGAUGCCAACACUGCUAUUCUAAUUCCACAUACACUGUAGCAUGUAUACAGCGACCAGCCAGGUCUUGAGAAACACCUUCUGGGCGAAGCAAGCCUUCAGAGCAUAACUGAAGGUCACAGAACCCAAAGUUUAGGCUCUGACUGUAUCUUUGACUUCCAAGUCAAAGUUUAACCUAUUACCACACAGCUGGACGCAGUCGUUUCUGGCUAAGUCUGAAAUUGUGCAGCCACAUUUUCACACCAUGUGAUCUAGGGUGCAAAUGCUGCCUUAGGUAAAACUAGUUCACUUAACCUACUGCCCUACUUACUGAAUACUUUCUCAAUUUUCCUGUGUAGUUUAAAAGUGUCUAAUAAAAAUGUUUUACUUAAUGUUUCCUCACAUAUAAGUCUCAAAGCUUAGAUAAUGAGAACCAGAUGACAAUAGCACAUACAAGCAAACUCAUUUUGUAGAUAUGAAGUAGCUUUUGGAAAAGGGAUUGAAUUCUUGUGAGUGGGAUGGGUUUAAUUACACCACAGACUUUGAUCCUGUUCGCAAUUCCAGUGUGAAUUUGGGCAAAGCUUCACUGAAGCGAUUUGGUUACUGGCAAAUUUAA